CCUCGGCCCCGCCCCCACUCGUCUCAGCAUCAGCGUGUGUGAACUCCUGUAGCAUUCACGAUCGCCUCUAAUCGCUUAUCUUCAAUCAAACAUCGAACCCGGCGUUGCUGUAACGCUGUAAAAACACAAAAUAUGGAGUAGUGGUCUUCUGCAUCCAUGUUAAACGUUGAUGGAUUAACACGGGGAUAAUACACAUCAAUCGCGCGAUUGCCAGUUGUGGACCUUUUGACCUAACUGAUGCAAAAUGGCUUCCGAUAAUACACAACGCAGUUACUCUAUCAUUCCUUGCUUCAUCUUUGUGGAGUUGGUCAUUAUGGCUGGGACGGUGCUGCUGGCAUACUAUUUUGAAUGCACAGACACGUUUGGGAUCCACAUUCAAGGUUUCUUCUGUAAUGAUGCUGACCUGAUGAAGCCCUACCCUGGGGUGGAAGAGAGCAGCUUUAUCCCUCCUCUCAUUCUCUACUGCGUGGUGGCAGCCGCACCCACAGCCAUCAUUUUUGUUGGAGAGGUAUCCAUGUACAUAAUGAAGUCCACUAGAGAAGCUCUCAUUGCCCAGGAGAAAACUAUUGUGACGGGAGAAUGCUGUUAUCUAAACCCUCUUAUCCGAAGAAUCAUCAGGUUUAUAGGUGUCUUUGCAUUCGGCCUGUUUGCCACCGACAUCUUUGUCAACGCCGGCCAGGUAGUGACGGGCAAUCUGGCACCAUACUUUCUGAGUGUCUGCAAGCCAAAUUAUACGGGGGUGGACUGUAACCUCAAUCACCAGUUCAUCACCAAUGGCAACAUCUGCACUGGGAACCAGAUGGUGGUGGAGAAAGCCAGGAGGUCAUUCCCAUCUAAAGAUGCAUCGCUUGGUGUCUACUCAGCUGUCUAUGUCACUAUGUACAUCACCAGCACCAUCAAGACGAAAAGCAGCCGUCUGGCAAAACCUGUGCUCUGUCUGGGGAUCCUGUGUGCUGCUUUCCUUACCGGCUUGAACAGAGUCUCUGAAUACCGCAACCACUGCUCAGAUGUUAUUGCUGGCUUCAUAUUAGGAAGCUCUGUAGCUCUGUUUUUGGGACUCUGCGUAGUGCACAAUUUUAAAGGGACCCAUUCUACUCCCACUAAACAGAAGCAGGAGGAUUACCGUGGACUUCCACUGAUUACAUUCCCACGUGUGGAAAGCCCUCUGGAGACACUCAGUGCACAGAACCAUUCGGCGUCCAUGACCGAGGUCACAUGACUAAGGGGGCAGCACCACGUCACUUUCGCAUCACCUCAACACUUCUAGGCACAAAAGGUUUUUUGUACUGUGGCAUACUGUAAAAAAAUGAAAAAAGACAGUAUUAUGUUAUUACUAGUUAUACCUAGAAGCAGCUGUUUUGUACAUUUUGUAAAAGAGAGUGCUGUAGCUUUCCCUCAUGAUGUUAACACAGCUCAAUUCACGUCGAUAUGUAUGCCUUCUCUGUCAUGUUUUACAUCAUAAAGUAAAUAUAUACAGUCUAUAUAUAUAUAAUGUAAUUGAAAUAUCGAUGUUGUUAUGUGGUAUUUGUACAAAAACUGAUUUUAUUUGGAUUUUUUUCUGUACACUUUUGGACAAAGAUCAUUUUGUAUUCCUUUUGUUUAAAUCUGUAUAAAGCAUUUGAUUAACUUUGCCUGCUGAUUUUCCAGGAAUGUUUUUGGUAUACCUAUAUUUUUGGUGUAAGGUUAAAAAACAUGUCAAAUUGUUACACGUCAUCGUAUCUGAUUCUUCGUGGGCAUCUUUGAAUGGACAUGUACUCGGCAUGAAAUACACAAAACUGUUGGAAUAACCUGUGUAUUCACAACUUGUGUUUUGUUUUUGUUUAAAGUGUGCGUUUCAGAAUUUGAAAUGCUAAAUAUAUUUUCCUGAGUAGUCUUGUCAAAUAAAUAGUCUCGUAGCUGAGUCCAGUCA